AUGUCUUGUACAGCUGAGAUCCAAGCAGCAUUUAUUCUUUCCUCCAUUGUGACCUUCUUCAGUGGACUCUUCAUCUUAUUAACAUCCAGGCUAAUCUGGAAGGGCAUUGAAAAACGGCAAAAGAGCAAGAGAAAAGGCAUUUUCCUGGGAAUUGUGUCAGAUAACAUAGGUCAUAGACAUUCAAGAAGUCUCAGCUUCCAGGGAGCAUUCCACGAUCGUAUAGAAAUGUUGCUCUCAGCACAGACCUUUGUGGGACAAGUGCUGGUGAUCCUUGUUUUUGUCCUAAGCAUUGGGUCUCUUGUAAUCUAUUUCAUCAACUCUACCGACCCUGUUAGAAGCUGUUCUUCGUACCAAGACAAAACCAUCCCGAUUGAUUUGACUUUCAAUGCUUUCUUCAGUUUCUAUUUUGGGUUGAGAUUUGUGGCAGCUGAUGACAAGGUCAAGUUCUGGUUGGAGAUGAAUUCGAUUGUAGACAUCUUUACUAUCCCACCAACCUUUAUUUCUUAUUAUUUAAAGAGUAAUUGGCUAGGUUUAAGGUUCUUAAGAGCAUUACGGCUGCUGGAACUCCCUCAAAUCUUGCAGAUUCUGCGAGCCAUCAGGACCAGCAAUUCAGUGAAGUUUUCCAAACUGUUAUCAAUCGUUCUCAGCACCUGGUUCACUGCAGCAGGAUUCAUUCACUUGGUAGAAAAUUCUGGUGAUCCCUGGCUCAAAGGUAGAAAUUCACAGAACAUAUCCUAUUUUGAGUCCAUUUACCUGGUCAUGGCAACAACGUCAACUGUUGGCUUUGGAGAUGUGGUAGCCAAGACAUCCCUGGGACGGACCUUCAUCAUAUUCUUCACCCUAGGGAGUUUGGUACUGUUUGCAAACUAUAUCCCAGAAAUGGUGGAACUUUUUGCUAACAAGAGGAAAUACACCAGUUCUUAUGAAGUGGUCAAAGGGAAGAAGUUCAUUGUGGUCUGUGGAAACAUCACUGUGGACAGCGUAACAGCUUUCCUGAGGAAUUUUCUCCGCCGCAAGGCAGGGGAAAUCAACACAGAGAUUGUUUUUCUGGGAGAGGUCCCUCCGUCUUUGGAAUUGGAGACCAUAUUUAAGUGCUACAUGGCCUAUACAACUUUUGUUUCUGGGUCUGCACUGAAGUGGGAAGAUCUGAGGCGAGUUGCGGUGGACUCUGCAGAAGCUUGUUUGAUUAUAGCCAACCCUCUAUGCAGCGAUUCACAGGCUGAAGACACUUCAAACAUCAUGAGGGUACUCUCCAUCAAGAACUAUUACCCUAAUACAAGAGUCAUCAUACAGAUACUUCAAUCCCAUAACAAGGUUUUUCUGCCAAAGAUCCCCAGCUGGAACUGGAACAGUGGAGACAACAUCAUCUGUUUCGCUGAAUUAAAGCUUGGAUUUAUUGCCCAAGGCUGUCUAGUGCCAGGCUUGUGUACCUUUCUAACAUCUCUAUUUGUUGAGCAAAACAAGAAGAUCUGUCCUAAGGUGCCCUGGCAAAAACAUUUCUUUAGUGGCCUGAAGAACAAAAUCCUGACGCAGCGUCUCUCAGAUGACUUUGCUGGAAUGAGCUUUCCUGAUGUUUCCCGGAUCUGCUUCGUGAAGAUGAAUCUCAUGCUGAUAGCCAUCGAACACACAUCUGUGUGUCACGGUUACUGUGGUCUGAUACUGAAUCCAUCUGCACAAGUUAAGCUCCUUAAGAACACAUUAGGGUUCUUUAUUGCUGAAUCUGCAAAGGAUGUCAAAAGAGCCUUCUUUUACUGUGCCAUCUGUCACAGUGACGUGUAUACCCCUGAGCUGAUUGAGAAAUGCAACUGCAGAAGCAAGAAUCACCGACACAUGGCAGGGAGAAUGGUCAUGGUGGUGAAAAGCGACUGGAAGGAGUAUUCUGGUCCAAAGUCAUGGGACCCCUACCCAGAGACACGUCAGAGCAUAGUUAGCAACUUGAGCAGCAGCACCAGGGCUUUUCAGUAUGAAAUGGAACAAGAGUCUGACCACCUUGAUAACACUGGCAUGUUUCACUGGUGCAGAGCCACCCCAUUGGACAAAAUGAUUCUGAAACGAACUGACAAGUCAAAACAUGAGUUUCGGAACCACAUCGUGGCAUGUGUCUUUGGAGAUGCCCAUUCGACCCUGAUGGGGCUUCGGAAUUUUGUAAUGCCACUGAGAGCUAGCAACUACACCCGCAAGGAGCUGAAGGACAUUGUGUUUGUUGGGUCUCUGGAUUACCUGCAGAGAGAAUGGCGAUUCCUCCGGAAUUUCCCCCAGAUAUACUUUCUGCCUGGAUCUGCGCUCUAUUCUGGAGACCUCCACGCAGUCAACAUAGAGGAGUGUUCCAUGUGUGCUGUCUUGUCCUCUCCGUCGAAGUCAUCCAGCAGCCCGACCUUGGUGGACACAGAGCCCAUCAUGGCCACACUCAACAUUGGAUCCCUGCAGAUUAGCUGCUCUGCCCAGACACCCUCAGAGCCACAGUGCGGGGGGUGCUCCAGCCGCAAUCCCAGGAAAUCACAGUACCGAAGAAUCCCCAUCAUCACUGAACUGAAAAAUCCUUCCAACAUCCACUUUAUUGAACAGCUUGGUGGAAUGGAAGGAAACUUCUCUGGAACAAGCCUGCAUCUCAGCACUUCCUUUGCGACAGGCACUGUCUUUUCCGGCAGCUUCUUGGAUUCCCUUCUUGCCACAGCUUUCUACAAUUACCACGUCCUGGAAUUACUACAGAUGCUGGUGACUGGAGGGAUAAGUUCUCAGCUGGAACAGCAUUUGGAUAAAGAGAAGUAUUAUAGGCUGAAUGACAACAGCUGUACAGUUUUGUCUAGAAGUUCACGGUGUAAGCUGGGGCUCCUGUCCUUAAACCAGACCAUUUUGUCUGACAUUCAACCAAGAAGGACCUUCGGACAGAUAUUCUGCGGCUCCUUAGAUCGUCUUGGAGUCCUGUGCCUUGGCUUGUACCGCAUGAUAGAUGAUGAGGAGCACAACCCGGAACACAAAAGGGGAGUAUACUAGCUUGGAAAGUUUGUGAUUACCCGGCCAGAGAAUGAGUUUAGGCUGCUGCCCUCGGACCUCGUGUUUUGCGCCAUCCCUUUCAGCACUUCUUACUACAAAAAGGACAUUUCAUCUCCAAAUCUAUAUGAUAAUAUAAAUACAGUGCCAUUGUCAGAAGACACAUCACAGAUGUAAAUUAUCCUUCAGUUUCCCAAAGUACAGCACAGUCACCAGGUACAUCCAUCCAUUUCUUGGAGCCCAAAACAACCUAUGACAGAUUCCAAGCAAGCAGUAUUGAUUCCAAGUGGUAAAUUCUCACCCCAGAUAUAUGCAAGUAAGAUCACAACAGGAAGCAGAAAGGAACACAUGGAGGAAACCACGAUGGAAGAAGCCUGUGCCUAUUCAAAGCCAUACUAGACAGGUUGCUAUUUUCCAGGCGCUCCUAGCUCACUACUUACAAGGCAUCUCCAGAGGUGGUGACUUGGAACAAGGAAGAUAAAAAUGGGAGCAUGCCCUUUUUGUGUCGAUUGCUCAAUGGUGGAUGGAUCUGCAUGCCCUCAGUUUUGCGGAAGAAACAAAAGUCUAAUCCCAUUGGAUCGGGUGUGAUAAAUAGAUGAUAAAUGCCUCUGUAAGCAAAGUUCCUUGCUCUGUGUUUCUUGAGCAGAAAA